GCUGAAUCAACCGCCGAACAACGGAUUGCAGCGGCCAUCGAUUCCCUCGGCUUGCCCUACCGUCCCGGUCCCGAGCACAUCCCGGUGCCGGUGCCGCUUCCCUGGUCCUGGCCGGGGGAUGUAGGAGGACGCGCGGCCGAAGGUACCCGGGCAGCGGCGCCGCUUGUCGCCUGCAAGGGCGGGCGCAGCCGCCGCCGCGGCCGUGUGGCUACAGGCGUCCCUCGGGGAGACCGGGAAGGGGCACGGCUCCCCGCCCGCCCCCCCGUCGCCGGUCCCGCCCGGCUCUCCGUGCCUUUGGCGUGUGCCUGCCCGUCCCGCGGGGCCAUGGAGCGCGCGUUCACGCCGCUGGAAUGCCUCCUGCCCGCCGGGAACCUGAAGUUUUGCCUUCUGAUUCUGAACCAGCCUUUCAACAAAGGUCAUUUCCAUUGUCUGUGGAGCAGAGGUCACCUGGUCAUAGGAGGAGAUCAAGCUGCUCAGGCAAGACUUUCCCAAACCUCUGCUCGAUGGGUCUGAUCGCCUGUUUGACCUCUGCCCUGAGAGCUUGUGCUGAUGGAGGUGCCAAUCAUCUCUACCACAUCACAGAAGGAAGCCAGGAAAGCUUCUUACCUGAUUACAUCAGUGGUGAUUUUGAUUCCAUUCAGCCUGAAGUCAAAGAGUACUACAAGGUCAAGGGCUGUGAGUUAAUUGAGACCAUGGACCAGGAUCUCACAGAUUUCACCAAGUGCCUUCAAAUACUCCAGAAAAAAAUAGAGAAGAAGGGCCUUCAGGUUGAUGUGAUUGUGGCUUUGGGUGGACUUGGAGGACGCUUUGACCAAACAAUGGCAUCGGUGGAAACACUUUUUCAUGCAACAAAUAUCACUCCUUCUCCAGUGAUAGUUAUCCAGGAGUGCUCACUCAUUUACCUGCUUCAACCUGGCAAGCACAAACUGUGUGUGGACACAGGACUGGAGGGCUCCUGGUGUGGCCUCAUCCCCAUCGGGAACCCCUGCGAGAGUGUGACCACGACAGGCCUUAAGUGGAACCUCACUAACCAGGUGCUGAAGUUUGGAACGCUCGUCAGUACUUCCAACACCUAUGACAACUCUGGGAUUGUGACCAUUGAGACGGACAAACCUUUGCUGUGGACAAUGGCUAUCAAGAGAUAAGCUCAGCUACAGCUGCCUUUUCUGAUCCAACACAACUCAAAUUACUACAAAAUUUCACUGAAUUAAGACAGUAAAGCUGCUGCAAGAUAUAAGCAGGCACUGACUUUCUGUAUUGAAUGAAAAACAAGUCUGAAAUAAAAGUCACUUCAGAUUCAAUCAAAAUUA